ACGGGAGAUGAACAGCAACGAGAGCAGCAGCAGCAGCAGCAUCCGUCAGCAGAUCCGCAAGCCAAGUCGCUGCCAAAAGCCAAAACCAAAGCCAAAGCCAACCGAACCGGGCCAAGUCUAAGAGAACGUGUGUGGUAGUGAAGUGAAAUAGAUGUGCUUGCGUGAGUGUGAGUCAGUCGAGAGGAGCGGGAUUAAAAAACAAUAGAAAUGCCAGGACUCUAAAUGCCUUUUCAAAAGUGCCACAAACACAUGUACAUAAAAUAAAAAUAAAAGCAACAUUUAAGAAUAAAACAGUUAAAAGAUAUUAUGUCGCUGCCAACAUGAGUAGAAAGUCAGCAAAUAAAAAAAAUAAGCUAACAGCAACACCCAACCGAAAAUAAACAGCAAAAAAUUGUUUUCAUCUUCUAAAAGUUAAGAGCGAGAAAACAUAAUAAGAAAAUCAUAAUGAUGAUGGAUUAACUGUUCCCAGUUGGUGAUGUUGUGAGAGUGAGAAAGCGAGAGUGUGGGAGAAGCAGCGGAAGUCACAGCAGCAGCAGCAACAUCAACACAGCAGCAACAUCAGCACAGCAGCAACACUGCAACAGCAGCAGCAACAGCAGCAAAAUAAGCAAAUAUAAAUGAAACAUUUAGCAAUGACAUAAAACUGCUGCCAAUUAAAUUGCUACUCUGCCCCCGAUCAUUUCAAAGCUUGCUGCUUUGCUUCAACAUAAGACUUUUACUUCUAUCCAAACUUGUUCCGCAAAAUCAGUCAAGCUGGCGUCGUUCAAGCAGAAAAAUAACAAUAAUACUAUAAGCAAUUAUAAUAAUAAUAUAAUGUGGAGUAGUACUAUAUCGCCAACCAACUCUAAGAAACUAUUGAUCGGUAGCACACGCAGCGUUGAUUAUGUCGGUGAUAGUGCAAGGACAGCAGCAGGCAACAACAAAUCAGGAGCAGCAGCAACAGCAGGAGCCAAAGGAUCAAAAGCUAAAGCCACCGCCAUCGCAGCCACAGCCGCAGCAGCGAACACAACAAAGAUCUCAAUUGAAAUGGAGCUUCAUAUACAGAAUAAGUGCAUUUCGGCAUAGCGCAUCACUCUGGAGGGUGGUGCGGAGCCGCCAUGGCUGCAGGGCCCCCUUAAAGCCGCAUUUUUGGGGGCUACUGGCGUCGGCAAAACAAGUAUAUUACAGCAAUUUUUCUACCAUGACUUCCCCAGGACUCAUCAGACGACAACGCAUCGCAAGAUUUAUAAAAACUGUCUGGUCUGCGACACCUGGAUACGUGAGCUGAUGGUACUGGACGUUCCGCCCCAGAAGCGAUUUCCGGCUGACAACUUCGCCGAAUGGAACAACGGACAUCCGCUGGGGCUGCGAACGGUGCACGCCUACGUCCUGGUCUACGACAUGGGCAAUUUGGAAACAUUUCAGUACUGCCGCUCGAUGAGAGAUCAAAUCUUGGACAGUUUCAGUCAUCGUGAUUUUAGCAUAAUUGUGGUCGGCAAUAAGUUUGACAAUGUGACUGAGGCGCAGGCCAACUCGCAGGAGCUCAAGGAUAUUUCCACGCUGGUGCGCAAACAUUGGCGCUGCGGCUACGUCGAGUGCUCGGCGCAGUAUAACUACAAAAUCGGCGACGUAUUCCGUGAACUAAUGGGCUGCACCAGCACGGGAGGAGGCGGCGGCGCCGGAGGAGGCGUGUCCGGGGUCGGUGGCCUGGUUGGCACUGAGUACUCACAAUCAACUAGGAAUAAAGGACGCUGUACAAUACUUUAGCAAAUGUUGCAUAAGUUUUUUAAGCAAACGCUCUGAUCUGGCGCAUUAUAUCCGAGUGAAUUCGUUACCAGCAGCAGAUGCUGCAGCUGGGGCAAGGUGGCGUAUAUGCAAUCUCCGAGGAGGAUACACAAAGACGACAUUGUUGCCCCUUGCCAACGAUGGCAAAUGCAUAUUUUAACAUAUAUUUUUAGUGGCCACAUUCCGCUUUCCCGAUUCCCCACCACCUCCUUUUGUUUGCCAUUAUUACAACAUUUUUCUGGCUGCUUUUAUGGGUGCUUUUUGCUGUGCUCAUUUAAAUGGCCGAACGGAGGAUACAUUUGGCCAGCAACAGCAACGCACCCAGAGAUUCUGAUCCUUGCUGACAACUUUUGUGCGUCCGCAUUUGCAAUUCAAUGGCAGUAGCUGGCAGGAAGUGCAGUUGCCAUGAAUAUGCAGCGAUAUCCGCAAGCUGCAGCAACAAUUGCCGGCGAAAAGUUUGAUUUCUUUACGGUUAUUAUUAUCACUGUGGUUAUUAUUUCAGUCGUGAAACGUAAAUAGGCAAUUAAUCCCACCAUAAUUUACAAUACAUUUUAUGUACGAACGAAUAACCUUGUUAUCGAAACAAACCAAGUCGUAUAAGUACUUAAGUAGUUAACCUAAGCUAUACACAUAUAUUUAAACAUACUUUAACGUUGUGAUCAUUUCAAGAAUUAGUUCUUAAGGCCCACAAACAAAACGUCAGUAAAUGUCAAGUAAAGCCAAGUCUCCGAAACUGAAUUACAAGAAAUACUUUUAGGACUAGGUACGAAUAAGAGCAAUUUAAUAAAUAGCCUUAAGUGUUUGGAAAAGCGACCGAAGGCGGUGAAAUCAAAUAGUUACAAUCAUGCUAUCAAAAUCCUCAUAAAGUUUGAAUACACAUCAAAUCAAUUCAAUAGAAUUUUAACAACACCAUGAUUUUGUUCAUUGAAAUUCAAAGAUUAAAAAAUGAAAUCAUUUUGGUCGUGAGGGAGCCGUGAUCAAGACGCCUUAAGAACCCAGAAGCAAAUAUUUCAUAGUAAACCUUAGACUUAAUUAAGAUUACAACUUGAUUGAAGCGCACAAAAACUACGAUUGUGUUAUUAUGGCAUACUCCAUAAUGUUAGACCCCAGGGUAAAGGUCAAAAAUAAAGUUUGUGUAUCGUAGUGUAGAGAUGACAAACUGAUCCAGCCGAUCUAUUAGUUAGGUAAUGUGUCACUCUACUGAUAUAUCUACUGGUCAUCGCCAUAUUCAGUGCUAGUCCCCGAAACACAUACAUACCAUACCGAUCUCUUUCUUUACCUCAACAACAAAUAACUCAAACUACUCAAAAGAAAAGCAAUCAAGGCUGACUUUGUACAUAGAGAUUUCAAAGGAAGAACUUUGCGAAAAGCUAUGGAAACCGACUUUUACAGCAAUAUAAGUAAGCUCUAACUGAUAUUCAAGGUAUAUAACUGGGCGCACUGCCAAAAAUUGGUUCCACUCCCAGUUGAGUGUUCGGCUAAGAUUCUAGAAAUAGCUAAGAUAACAAAUAAUGAAUUCAAAUACAUUUUUUGAAAUUAUUUCAAGGUUAACCAAUGCAAAAUCGAUAAUAAUGCAAACACAAAUAAACCAUUAUUGUUAUGAAUAAUAUUAAUUAAUUAUAUAUUUGGCGGCUUUGAUAAAGGACAUAUACCAUAAAAAGAUAAAUAAUAAUAAAUAAAUAGCAGCUUAAAUUGCUUACUUGUUAAACUGAUUCAAACCGGGAAUUUUCCAGCAUUCGCAUCCAUCACCGAACUGAUCCCAACUUAAGAAAUGUGUUCAUAACAUGUCACUUUCUAAACUGAAACAACCCAUUAAAGCCCUAAAUCGACAUAUUUAUAUGAAACAUACCUAUAUAUACACAUAUAUAAAUGUAACGAUAAUUGUACGAGUUUGGUUCAAGUUUUAGUCUUUGAUUUCCAACAUUUAAGGAUUCGUCAAAAUGGCUGUUAAUUUUUGGAAAAUAAAAAUGCUAACGCAAAACAGUUGAAGGGUAUUAAACGAACAUAAAAUAAAAGCAACAAGGACAAUUGUUGAAUUAUGUAUUUACAUUUAAGCAACGCGUUGCCUGCGACAGAUUAAAGCAAGAUGAGAAAUUAGGUGUAGCAACUUAACAUUUAAAGUCUACAAAUUAAAUAUGUAUUAACGAAUCAAAUGCUUCAGCCGCUUGUUGUUUGUUCAAACCAUUCAAACGUAAUAAAUUUAAGUGAAGGCCGCUACGUUUAGAUAAGUAUUACCGAUGCGCAAAGGCGUUCAUGAUCUCUGUUAUUUUUUUUGUAAUAAAAGGCAUGACGCAAAUGCAAAGUAGAGACAAGUUGUUAAUUGGACAGGAGCUAACCACAGAGUAGCAAGAAAAACGCACCGAAACUAAACGUUAAGCAAUUGAAUAUAUAAUGUCUGCCGGAAACGGAAGCAAACAAAUUGUACUUAGUGUA